UUAUUUCUGAGACUCCAAAUUCAAAAUGGGAACCAGUUGCAGAACUGCAAUCGGCAUUCUGAAACCAGUUUUGCCAGUUCCACAACCCUGUGGUUUUGACAGAAGAAUUUGACAUUCUGGCUCGAAGGUAACAUGUUUGUUGCCUUUGCUUAAUGAAGGGUAGCAUGCGCUGAGAGGCUUGUGCAGGAUGGACGAGCUUCGUCCGUGAGACAAUUUGAACCUGUGCUGUGUAGGUGAUGAAACUCUUGUAAAGUGCGAUGGAAAUUGCUAGUAACAGGCUUGACGAAGUUAGUGUACUUGUCAGAGCAAGGGACAGCUUUGAAAGUGAUGGAUUCUGAGUGGUGUCCACGGACAAACUGGUCCACAAGGCCUUAGUUCUGUUGCACGUAAUUCUUUCAUAUUCUGAUUUUUAGCUUUCAACAUGUUUUUCCCCAACAGCGUAAGCUAAUGGGGUCUUGGAGAAGGUUCCGAAGGCUCCCGAGAAGGUCUGGGAGGCUUUAGUGCAGAGCCAAGUCAGGUUCAACAGCGUUCCGGAGAAGGUUCCAGCGCUUGGCUUCGCAGCACGCUUCAGAAAGGUUUGCAAAAAUACAACGUUGCGGCUGUGGGGGAUACCACCGAAGGCUUAUUUGGGACAACAUUUUGGGACAAUCCUCAAAAUAUUUCGCAAGUGUUGUUGUCCCUUUCCCGGAAGGCUGGUCUGAAUGGAAGGAUGGCUCGCAAUGACCCGUUUCUGACAGAUGUGGAGGCGCGUGCAGACUACAAGUCCACAUCACCAUUCUCUGGUUGGACGCGACGGGAACAUUUGGUGACACGAGAAGUUGCGUUGCUCGUUUUUGUGCCAUGGAUCUGCUACGUGCUGCUGUUGCUGGUCUUCGCACUUCCACCACCAGGCGUAUUCGCAAGCGUUUUCGCUCUCAUUUGCUGGGCUGGGACUCUUUUGGCAGCAGGCACCAGUCAUGACUUGCAGAAGCGGCAUGGCAGCCCAUUCUACAAACUCCUUACAUUGACAGUAUUGUUGAGCUGCACAGCAGGGCCACUGGCCGGGCACCACAUCUUCGUUACGGAGAUGUCUAGUUACUGGAUGCAUCAGUCUGGAGUCACCUACAAGGGCGUGGCGCCCUCCAGCUCACCAGAUGCUUAUCAAGAUGCUGGCAUCAUUGACUUUUCCGAUGGUUCAAACCUGGAUUUGCGACGUGUUUUGGGUUCUCGCCCAGUGGGGUCAACCACGACGUAUUGCAUUGCGCCCAUCAUGGACUCCUCUGCUUCAAAGCGCGUGCACUUCUUUGCGGCAGAUGUUGACUGUUGCGAGCCCCGCCGUAGCUUUGCAUGUGGCGAUGCUGCUAAGCCGUCUGCCAGGACUGGGGUGGUGCUGCCUGCCCAUUCUUCAAGUUACAAUGCGGAGAGGUGGCAGCACUUUUACAAUGCUGCCGCGCAGGCAGCUGAGGUCUACGGAUGGAACCUUCCGGAGCGGCCGAUUUUUGUGCGCUGGUUUGAUGAUGCUGAGGCUGUGCAAUCCGCAUUGCUCCAUCGAGGUCUCGUUGAGGCAUUCAUCCAAUGCUUCGUGGGUCUUUGCGCUUCUUCAAUAGUCGCCAUG